GGAAGGAAGACAUAUUGGUGACGCGCGUUGUGUCUCUUGUGUAUCGAACUCUACGCUGUGCCGCCAGUACAGGUCGGGGGUAGGCGCGGCUGUGACGUGUACAGGAGGCGCCUUGAUGCGGUGUAGGGCCCUGGAAGGUUAGCAGCUGCCUAUCGGAUUGGAGGUCGUCAGUGUCAUUACAUCCCAGCGAACACAGUGACCCGCCGGCCGCACAUGCAAAAAAUGCUAUCCCUCCUGUCCCGUGUGCUGCAGGGCCCGGCCCACAAACCUGUCACCGUGAGUAUAGCGCACUGUAUGGCUGGGAGGGAAGGACAUGCUGGGUAUGGGAGACUGACUGGGACUGCCAGGGACAUGGGGGGUAUGGGGGACUGACAGGGACAUGGGGGGUAUGGGAGGCUGGGAGACUGUCAGGGACAUGGGGGGUAUGGGGACUGCCAGGGACAUGGUGGGUAUGGGAGGAUGGAGGAAUGGCAGGGACAUUGGUGGUAUGGGAGGCUGGGAGACUGACAGGGACAUGGUGGGUAUGGGAGGCUGGGGGACUGCCAGGGACAUGGCGGUAUGGGAGGCUGGGGGACUGCCAGGGAUAUGGUGGGUAUGGGAGGAUGGGGGAAUGGCAGGGACAUGGGGGGUAUGGGAGGCUGGGAGACUGACAGGGACAUGGUGGGUAUGGGAGGCUGGGAGACUGACAGGGACAUGGGGGGGUAUGGGGACUGCCAGGGACAUGGGGGGGUAUGGGGACUGCCAGGGACAUGGGGGGGUAUGGGGACUGCCAGGGACAUGGGGGGGUAUGGGGACUGCCAGGGACAUGGUGGGUAUGGGAGGCUGGGGGACUGCCAGGGACAUGGUGGGUAUGGGAGGCUGGGAGGUUGACAGGGACAUGGUGGGUACAUAAAUAUAAUCCCUAUAAUAGUGCAUGCCAUACACAUGAAUUGGAAAUUACAUUCUGAUAUCAGGAUCAUAACUAAGCUGGAAAAAUUCUCUAAAAUUUCCAGGUGAACUGUUCUAUUAAAUGGAUACUAUAGUGGUAGGGAAACAAAGUUGUUUUCCUAGCACUAUCAUGACCUACAAUGACCCCUCCCUCUUAACUGAACUGAAGUGGUCUGGGUGCCAGUAGUGUCCCUUUAAUUUGUUUUUGUUUAUUUGCUAAAUUUAGAGUUUAAAAAAGAGAAAACAGUUUUAUUGCUUGCUUUUUUUUUCUUUUGCUUUUUCCAACUUAUCUUUAUACUUUUGCUUGAAGGACCACUAAAAGGUUCUGUGGUCCUGUAGGUGUAACUGUGUAAUGUGAAGUUUAUUAUAAUUUAUACAUUGCAGGGUUAAAUACACCUCCAGUGGCUGUCAGCCAUUAGAGGCACUUCCUAAUUCAGUAACUGAAUAAAACUGCCACAAGACUGAGCUGCCAUAGGAAUUCAUUGAAUAAAUAAUACAAGCCUAGCGCUUCCCUUGUAUGCGCAUCCAUUCCAGCACCAAUGCCUAGUUCUCCUUCUCCCAGCGGAGAGGGAGGAAUGUAAGGGAGGAAGAGCUAGAAGGAGAUUGGUGGGGGGAGCAUUCUACUGCCAUUGGCUGUCAAGCGUCAGCAUUCUGGUGUCAGCCAGCAAUUGUGCACAGUAUUCAUGUUAGGAACCUGGAACUCUCUAUCUGUGCUGGCUAAUGAUGCUCCAGUGAUGCAGCCUGAGGUGGUGUUACACGUCCUGUUUUCAUAACCUUCUAAAUAAAUCUGAUGCAGAGGAAACCUGUGUUCUAUUGUUUCUAUUGAUUAUAAGCAGAAAUUACCAAGCUGAUGAUCUGUUCUCUGGCGUUGUAGGAAAUAUAGAAAUAAGUAAAGUGUUACUCCAACCACAAAACAUUGUUUUAAGAUCACAAAAUAGGUAAAACUGACCCCUGUUUAAGCAGUGAGGCCAAGUUCUCUGCAGCCCAGUUUUCCUUUGCUGACUGAAUUCCCCCGAGCAUGGUGGGGGGGGGGAGCAUACUGUGCGUGCUGGUGUCAAACUCCAGAUUAACACAGGAUUCACAGUAGCCAACCUGGAACACUUCACAUCUCGGUGACACUGCCAGAUGUGAGGUCACCAUGAGCAGUACAGGGCUUAAUCUCCUCAUCUGUUGCGUUUUACAGUGAAAUGCUGCCCGUACAAACUGCUGGCUCCAUGACCACCUCAAAUCACUGGGGUGGUCACGAUGCUUGGAGUAACCCUCUAAGUGUUUUGCAGGAUUUGUUUGUCCACCAGUACGAUCAGGACAAUGUAACAAAAAUUUAACUGAUAUAAAAAAUUUUAAAAAAUUAAAAGUUUAGUUACGUUUUAAUGUCUUUAAAGUACCUCAGGCUGGAUUACAUUGCGUUAACUGAUGCAGCAAAAAUGCAAAAUGUCUACAUUUUAAAUACAUACACCAUUGUAGUUACAUAGGCUGAAAAGAGACCUGUGUCCAUCAAGUUCAGCCUUCCUCACAUUUGUUUUUGCUGUUGAUCCAAAAGAAGGCAAAAAGAAAAAACAGUUUGAAGCACUUUCAAUUUUGCAACAAACUAGGGAAAAAAAAGACGAGGAAUGGUUUGCAAAAUCUCAGCCAAUUUCAGCAUUCCCAGUGUUUUCAUUGGUGCUAAACCGAACCCUUUAUGAGUAAUUUAAUCAUAAUCCUUUAUAUAAAUAUGCUUUAUGAUUCAAUUUUCAGUAGUAAAGUUGUAUUAAAAUGUUGUGCUAGCUUAAUACUUAACCAAAGCCGGUCAUAUAUGCAUUUUAUGGGAGACAGUACUACUUUCACUUUAUAGAGAAGGUUGCGGUCUAUACAUUUUGAUAGUCAAACUGCUAGAAAUAUAUUUUUCUGUUCUCAUCCACCGACGUGGGAGCAGGCAUUAGAAAAUGUCUUGUAUCUUUGUACUUCUGCCAGUAAAUUAGCUAGUACUACAUAAAAAAAUUACUUUCUUUUUUCUUUUAAUACCUGCUUUAAGCUCACAUCAUUCUAAACACAGUUUGUGGUUUACAGAUACACUUUUAAGGAACACUUCAAUGUUGGCAGCAUAUUUAUUUUAUAAUGUUGGUGUUCUUGUGCAUAAAAAUAAAGGUUCACCACUUAUCUUGCGCCGACCUGGUCUCAGCGCGGCAUCCGCUCUUUUUCCUGGUGGAUGAUCAGAGGCCAAACCAAUAAUGCUUCUUGUAAAGAAGCCUUGGAACACUACAAAAUCUAUUGAAAAGUAAUGGGUAUAUACAAUGUAUGAUGGUCCUGUUCUUUGCUGUAACAGGUGUGAUAUGCAUAAAAUGUCAGCAAUUUCCUUGCAUUUCUGUUACAAUGUAUAUAUUUUAGUUGUUCAAGAUGUCCCUAAUUGUUAAAAACUUGCUAUGUGACAGUUUCUUUCUAUAGACCUUAAACUGUCUGAAUUGUUAGCAAAGCAUUGAGUUAAACUCCUUCAGGCCAUCUCAUGCUAGAGUCACUUUAAAAAGCUUAAACACACUUGACAGGUUUUCCAUUGUGUUAAAGGGACACUCUGAGCACUGUAGUCAGUAUGGUUUAUUGUACUGUAAAGGUUGGAAGGAGUCUGUGUGUCAUACCUCCCAUUUUCUCCCUGGAACCCAAAAGCAGCACCUCUGCUUCUACUGAGAUAAUGCAGAUGUUUCACAGUCACAUUAUCCAGUUUAGUCAGAAUUUGGAUGCAGAUAACAGGUUGUAAGAUGUGUAGAACACUAGAAAACACUGGUUUUGCUCAGAGUAACCCUCCUAUCCUGCAACUCUCCGCUCUCCCCCGUCACAUAAAGAGAAAAUAGCUAAAACUUACCUUGGUUCCAGUGCUGAGGCUAAGUUCUCCCUUUUACUGAUUCUCUUCUGCUGAUGUCAGGGAGGACAUGGGCAUCACAGAGGGAGGGGGUCUUUUGAACCAUUGGCUGUCCUACCACCAGCAUACUACAGAUGCCAUCUAUGCUCAGAACUGUCAUUAGCCAGAGAAUAAGUUGGGGUUUUUUUUUUUGCUUGUUUUUUUGGGAGGUGUGUGUGUGUGUGUGUAUGUAUAUAUAUAUAUAUAUUUUGUGAUUGAGAGACCUAAAUACCAGAGUAUUUGGUAUUUACCAGAGUAUUGCUGGAAUGCAAUGAUAUUUUUUAUUUUUUUUGGACUAACAUAAUAUUUCAAAGACAAGCUUUGAAAUUUCAAAGAAAAGGUAUUGCAUACUGCAAUACUCUGGUAUUUUGGCAUCUUGUCUACUGGACUAAUACGGCUAAUCCAAUCUACUAUAUAUAUAUUUGUCAUAUUAGUCCAGUAGAGAGAGAUUAAAAAAAAUAUAAAUAUAUAUAUAUACACCUGACUCCCUCCCCCCUGUAUUUCUUCUGCUAUUUUUGAAGUUUGCGAUUUAAGAUUGUCAGUCCAUCACAUCUGAACAAAUCCAAGAGGGAUCAUCUAAAACUCCUGGACAGUAUCUUAAAGUGAGUUAGUCACAAACUGCUCUUUUAAGCAAUUACUUAAUAUAUUUUCUUUUUUUUUUUGUAUGUGCUGGGCUUGUGGAUGGUAUAGGGGGCUACUGCUGAGGUAAGUUGGGGCUUUGUAUUGAUCUUGCUCUGUAAUUCAUACUUCUAUCAUGCAUACCUCAUAAUUUAAUUUUCCUCUGUUGGAAAUAUGAUUUUAGACACAAUACAUCUGUUUUGCAAAAAAAAAAAAAAAAAAAGAUGCAUGGACAUGAUCUCCAAAAGUUGGCUGAGCAUUGUAUUUAUUUGCCUCCAUGUGCUAGGCGAUGAAAAAACUAAAGCUACAUACAUGUCAGGGGGGCUGUGCCAUGCAUGUGCCAUAAGAUGUAACCACAUCAUACUGUUGUAAUCAAAAUUAUUCAAAAUCAGGUUUAUUGUCAACAUUUACAGAAGCCAUUUGAAGCAUUCCUUGUGUUGAGCUGUUUCAAUAGUUUUUGUUGAUUUGUUCAUUCUGAACAGCUGAAGGUGUGUAAAUCUGAAGACACAGAAACAGCAAACUUGUCUCCCAAGCAUCUCUGCUGGUAUAUCUAUAUUAGUAAGGAAGAUAAAUUAGUUAUGGCAGUAUAACUCCCACCAAUCUUGGGAAGACAGAGACGUGUAUGUCUUGAUGCUGCCCAAUAAUUAAAGGGAAAGCAACUCUUAGCGUAAUAUACUUAUGUAGCAUAAAAUAUAUUAAACACUUAAAUAAACACAAACGUAUAACAGACACUAAAGUGCUAAAAUAAUAGUUUAGCUUCCCAGACCCCCUCUCUUUACAUUACAUUUUUUUUCUUACCCUUUUUCCCAGCGCUGCGCCGGUCUCACUUGCUCUCUCCACUUCCAUGACUGAGAUCAUCAAAUUUGGCAUUCUUUGUCCAAUCCAAUGAUUUCCCAUAGUAAAUAAGCAGUGGGAGGCUAUUUAUGUGCUGCAAAACUCUGCGCUGUGCCAAAUAGCAUCUCCUCAUAGAGAUGCAUUGAAUCAUCACUGCAAAAGGCAGUGCUUACAUUUAAAAUCGUGCUGGGACAUACUAUAGACACAUGAACAUCUUGUUAUGGAUACCAUAGUGUCCAUUUAAAUGAGAUCCAUAACCAUUACAGUGCACGCUGGGCUCUGAUGUCACCUGUGCCCCCACCUAUUGGCUGAGAGCAUCAGGUUAUUUUCAGCAUAUGCACUGAAGCUCGGCACCACCAGGCAUAGCUCAGACAGCGUUUCAGACUCCAGAAGACUAAGGGAAUGGUGCCUGGAACACCCCAGGUAAGAAGUCAAACUGUUUUUAAAAAUGGUUUGACUAAUUGCAUUGCUUGGGAUGCCAUGGCACUCCUGGCACCAUAACAACUACAGUUCACUGUAGUGGUUAUGAUGCUUGGAGUGUUCCUUAAGUGACAUAUAGGAAAAGAGCUGAGGAGCAAUGUUAAUGUUUACUCAGACCUUUUCCUACAUUGUCAUUAAAUAGCAGCUGCAAAUAUCAACUGCUGCCAUGUGAUUAGUCCCUACUAUGAAUUGUGACAGUCAGAUUGUGCAAUACGUAGAAUAAUGCACAGAUUAUGUCACCACAUUGCAUUACAUGAAUUAAUAUUCUUAAAUACAAGCACACUUCAAGCAGGAUCCUUCAUUUUCUCAUGUAGAUGACCGGUCUAUAUUUAAACAAAUGUCUUCUCCCUUGUAUGUUAAAGGGAUACUAUAGGCAUAGACAACUAAAGACAACUUUAGCUUCAUUAAGCAGUUUUGGUGUAUAGAUCAUGCUUCUGCAGUCUGACUGCUAAAUGUUCUGCCAUUUAGGAGUUAAAGCACUUUGUUUUGUCUAUGCUGCUCUAGCCAUACCUCCAUUGACUUUGAGUGGCACAGUCUGCGUUUAAUGUUUUUUUUUUUUUUGUUUUUUUUUAAAUUUUCAAUCAGAGCUUAACUUACUUUACUCGUGUAUUUAUAUGUAAAUUAAACUUGAAAUUACACACAGGAGGCUCCUGUAGGCUCUAUCGUGCCAUUAACAGAGCAGGAAAUAAGAAAUUCUAAAUUAAACAUAUUAUGCAAUAAAGGAAGUUUAAACAAUAAAUAUCUUGGGGCUGCAUAAACAAAGUGAUUUGACUCUUAAUUGGCAGAGAAUUGAGCAGUGAGACUGCAGGGGCAUGACUUAUGUACCACAACUGCUUCAUUAAGAUAAAGUUGUUUUUAUGUAUAUAUUGUCCCUUGAAAUCUCCAACAGGGUUAUUCACUAAAAUGAGAAUUCAAAGUGAAUUUUGAAUUUAAGGACAAGAACUGAACAAAUUCUGUCAGUCAGCUUUCACUUUGGUGGUUUUGAUCUUAAAUUUAAAAUGUACUGAAUUAACUUUGAAUUCUCACUUUAGUUAAUAACACUGUUAAAGAUUAGUGUAAUGUAAAUUGUCUGUCGUAUCACACCAAAUAAUUCAGUUUUGUGUUGCAAAAAUCCUAAAUUCCCCUUCUUGCCUGUUACACGGCAAAAUUGCAUAUAUAUCAAGUUAGUUACUAUACGGUUUAAUUUUUGUGUUUCUUUAAAGGCCGUUCGUGUUAUGGUGGCAUCACGUAACUAUGCAGACUUCGCAUCAGAAGCUACAUUUGACAUCAAGGUAAGCAAGAUCUUAUACCGGAGAAGCCAGCCAUCAAGUUACAUAUAUCAUCGUAGAUUUACAACUGGCAACUUCCCAUACCUGCAUACUUAAAGAGUAUAUACUGUGUGCUAUUGGCAACACCCUUACUCCUUUUCUAUGGGUUUUCUGGUAUUCUGGAAAAAUGAAAAUUACAAAUUGGAUACAUUUCUUCUAGGAUAUCAUGCCUGCUCUACUAGAUUUUAUUGUGCCUCUUGUUUUGCAUCUGCUACUUUUGAGAGUGCAGCCACAUUGAUUUGAUGUGUGACUUUAGAGGGGUGUUCUGCUUGGACCAGGUUUGUUCCCUCUUCUAAAUCAGGCUGGUUGUCUAGGGCUAUCUUGAAACAGAGCAGUGUAAAAUUUGUGCCAAGCAUUCUUUCACUCAAAUAUUUAUUUUGCAGCCUACUAGCAGGAUCUUACGGGUGUUGGAGAGCUGAAACAGUCGGCCACUAUGUUCCAGUUCAUAACAUUAAUGCUGGUUGUCUCAUGCUUGGUGUGGGGAGGUAGUUGUGAUAGUUAUGUCUGUCACAAAGGGGUUAAGGUAGCACUUGUCACCAUCUUUCAAGGUAUUUUUUUGCCAAGAUUUAAAGUGCAUGCAAUUCUGAAAGAAUGGCUAUAUAUGCUAAAACCUAACCGUACCGUAUAAAGACCACGAAUUGCCUUUUUGAUCAUGCAUUGUAAAUAUUGUAAUUUGUUAGCUGUGAAUCACCCUCACAUUCCACAUGAUCUGGCCACAAGAGCAUCACAAAUCAAGUUUUACAAACACAAAAUUGGGUUUGUAAUGUUUGUGAAGGUAAUAGUGUGAUAUCAUGUUUGUCUCUUUACUUCCUCAAAACUUUAUUACAAUAUGACCAAAUUAACACUCACAGCAUUUCAACUUUUUAAAUUACCUUUCCAUAAUAUAGACCCCUCCAUCUAUCGGCCGGACUUACCGGAGUCUCAGAAUGCUCAAUUAUGGGGCUGUUUUUGCAGGAAUGUGGCACUGAUAAGUUUGUGUCUUUUUUUUUUCUUUUCUAAUAUCCAUUCCCUUGCUAGAAAUGUGAUGUACAUCGUUUGGAUGAGGCUCCUCCAACACAAGCUGUUCUUACACGGGAGCAGGGCCUGCAGUAUUACAGAACCAUGCAAACCAUCCGGCGAAUGGAGCUAAAGUCAGAUCAGCUUUAUAAGCAGAAAAUUAUCAGAGGGUUCUGCCAUCUUUAUGACGGUCAGGUGAGUUGAUGGAAUUGAAUAGGAUUAAGGAGCCUGCCAGUACUUUUGAUUAAUAUACUAGCUGGUUCAGUUACAAAGUAUUACAGAUGUAAAUUUGUUGAUUACCGUUUGUGCAAGCGUCCUACAUUGAUUUUGUCGAAUGAUAGUGCAUAAACGUGACUUGUUUUUACAGGAAGCCUGUUGUGUUGGUAUGGAAGCUUCAAUAAACCCUACUGACCACCUAAUUACCGCUUAUAGAGCGCAUGGAUACACCUACACCCGUGGAGUGUCCGUGAAAGAGAUCCUAGCUGAACUCACAGGUACACUAUGGUCUCACUUAACUAUUUUUGGAUGUGGCAUCACAUAAUUGUGUCCGCCCUGAACGCAAGUUUUUUUUCUGAACUACUGAAUUAAAUUGGUGCAGUAAUGAUCUGUUUCAUGGAACAAAAUAUAUACAUAUGAAAACAAGAAGUAAUGCAAUAUCUUCCACAUACACCAACACAAAUCCAUUUCACGCAUUCUUAUAGUCGUAUCUGCUUUGCAGUAUUGUUGGGAGGGUUUUAAACCACACACUUUUUUUUUUGGAUAGUACAUUCUAAUGCACAUGUUUUUCAGCAUUUGUUGCAGGUUUCCACUUUUGGUCUUUUUUGUUCCUUUGAUAGGUAGAAAAGGUGGCUGUGCAAAAGGCAAAGGAGGAUCUAUGCACAUGUAUGCAAAGAACUUCUAUGGUGGAAAUGGUAUUGUGGGAGCUCAGGUAUAUACUGUUUGUGUUGUGUUCCAGAGUGAUUAUAGUUUAUACGGUUUGUGUCUUGGUCUAUAGUGAUUAUAGUUUCAUAGAUUUGCACCAGAUGAAAACCUACGUCAAAUACGUUCUGGUGCAGUUUAUUAAUAUGGAAUUAACUAAUAUGGUUGAGUAUGUACGCCCUCUAAUGGCAACUCUACCCUAAUUUUCUAUUGACUUCAUAACCUUACAAAUUGUAAUGUACAAAUACUUUUAGAUAUUUAAAAAAAAAAAAAGAAAAAAGUUAUUAAUCUAACAGUUUAAUUUGGCAAUUAUGGGCAAAGUGUCAAAAGCCCAGUGAACAAAUUUCUAAAGCACAUUUCAGUAACAGCCAUAAAUUCCAGCUUGUUACUGUUUCAUUGUGCAGUCAUUUUUUUUUUUUCUUUUCCCAAUUUAUGUCUUUACAUUCCAGGUACCCCUUGGAGCAGGUAUUGCCUUAGCCUGCAAGUAUUUUGGGAAGGAUGAGAUUUGUUUGGCUCUAUAUGGUGAUGGUGCUGCUAAUCAGGUCAGCAUUUCAAAUGUUACACUUUUAUGUUAUGUGUGCUUAUCACAAUAUAAUACAUGCAUAUCAUAAUUGUUUCUGUUAUCAGUGGCCUAUCUGAUUUUCCAGCAUUCGGCAGAUCCAAAACCAUUUUUUUAUGUCAGUACCAGUUUUGAUAUUUCAUAUUGCCCAAGACACAUUACCUCAGGUUAGAAACGCUGAUCAGCUGUUCAUAUUUUGCCGAUGGAAUUUUUUUUUUUACACAGUGUUCCAAGGUCUCACCUGAGCCCAUAUUACAAAGACCUACAGCAUUUCAUAAGCUAUAAUCUUUUGUCAAUUAUUUUUCUCUAUGUUCAUAUACAAUGGUAAGUUCUAAAACCUUCUGAUCCAUUAAAAAAAAAGUGAACCUCCCCCUACCCCCUCCCCCCCAAAAAAAUAUGAACUUGGUAUGGGUUCACAUCUUCUAACUUCUCUUAUUUGCUAUGGGGACUGCAUUACUGGCCCAUCAGCACACCAUUGUUUUUGAGUAUAUAAUGGGAGAACCCAAACUCUAGGACACAGUGGAUUUAUCUCUUCGUAAUAAGGACUGUGUGUGUGUGUGUGUGUGUGUGUGUGUGUGUGUGUGUGUAUAUAUAUAUAUAUAUAUAUAUAUAUAUAUAUAAUAUACUAAAUCAUACACCUGCCUUAUGUUAGUGGUUUAAAUUAAUUUAAUGCUUUUAAAUGUUUGCAGGCAUGUGACCUAAUGCUAGUCCACAAUACUUGCUGUAAAUACAAGCAUUGGCAAAGGAUUUCAUAUUACUGCUAUACCUCCUUUAUGGUGCCAUAAAUGGACAGAUGUUGUUUUUUUUUGCUUUUUUUUUAUUUUUUUUUAAGUUAUUCAUUUAUCAAUGGUAAAUGUUUUGCUUGUGGUUUUUAUCUGACAUCCUGAUUUUAUUUACAGGGUCAGAUUUUUGAAACUUACAAUAUGGCUGCUCUGUGGAAGCUCCCUUGUAUCUUUAUCUGUGAAAAUAACCGAUAUGGUAUGGGUACAUCCGUGGAGAGGGCUGCAGCCAGCACAGACUAUUUUAAACGUGGAGACUACAUCCCAGGGCUGAGGGUGAGUGAAGUUAAUGUGUGCUUUCUGCACAAAAGCUACAGGGUGCCUAAUUCUUCAUAAUAAUGUUGAGCUCAUAAUCACAUUUAGCGUAAAUCUAAAAGAAGACACAACACCUCCGUUGUCUUCAAAUUGUAAUCUUCAUGUGAAACUUGGUAGCUAUUCCAAAACAAAUCCAGUCUUGAUUUAUUCAUGUGCAAUGAUGGACAACAUCCCUGUGUUUAUAAAAAAAAAAAUAUAUAUAUUGUUACCCUUUCUUUCCCAGGUUGAUGGCAUGGAUGUUCUAUGUGUCAGAGAAGCUACAAAGUUUGCAGCUGAUCAUUGUAGAUCUGGAAAGGUACACUGUUGUUUGUUUGUGGGUUUUGUUUUUGCGUGGUGGGGUCUUUAUUGUCCUAGGGUCUUAAGCUAAAGUGUAUGUAUACCAUGGGUACUUUAGUGGCAGUGUAAAUUUAGAAGUAAAUAGUGUUUGCAAACAUUUUAUAGGGAUACUUAUGUAAUAAAAUGUUUAUUUUACUGCUGAUUUUUCCAGAUUUUGCAGAAAGUUUUUCUGAAGGCUCAGCAAGUCGACAUCCAGUAUUUAAAGGAACACUCCACGGGCCAAACACAAAAUAAAAAUCAAUGUUUAGUAGAUAUACCCCAAAUAAAAACUUGCAUGCAUUAAAUUAUGCAUUUUUUUCAUUGGGGAAAUGUAAAAACAGCAUGCAAAACAUGCAGUUCCAUUGUCUUAGACUUCCUAAUGCAGCUCAAUGAGAAAUCUUUGCAAGGUAGUUGCUCUGAUCAAUUGCUGCCUUGUGAGUUUAGCUCCAUUGAGCUAACCAAACCAGGAAAGAACAGGAACUGCUGUCAGUUUGAAAGCCAGGGCGGUGUGACAUGGUUAAUUUAUAAAAGUGACGAUUUUCUUUUGAAAUUUUCACUUUUUGCAAAAUGAUAGAGGACACACUCUUUAACACAGAAAGCAUUUCAGCAAGUUUUAGUGAUUUAGAGGUCUGGAGUGUUCCUAAAAGAGCCCACCUUUUCCGCAAUCCCUAUGUAACAUGGCAUCGCCUCUCUUUUGUCUGUAAAAUCAAACUAUGCAGUCAUAUAAUGCCACUUCAGCUCAAUUAAGUGGUCUGCAUACAGUGGCCCUGUCAUUUUAAGUUCUGUGGUAUAAAACAUUGCCCUUGUAGAUAUGGCAGUGUUUAUAUUACAGAGCUGAACACCACUGUAGUGGCUGCCUUUCCUGUCCGCCACUAGAGGGUGCUUCUGCUGCCAUAACAGACUCUGUUAUGGGCGUUCUCACACAUUGCUUGGGGACGUUGUACGUUUUCUAAUGCUUCCCCAUUAAAAGACAUAGCGGAGAAAGCCUCCAGAAAUAGGUCACAGGAGAUUGAUCGGGUACCUGCACGGAGAAAGUCUUGGCUUUGGGUAAGAAAUAAUUUUAGAAUUUAAAAAAAAAAAAAAAUCUUUUAUUUAUUUUUUUUUUAUUUAGGGAUCCCCGAAUCUAAAUAGGGAGUACAAUGCUAUAUCGUUGUGAAUACAUAUUUGUUCCUUUAAGAAUCUGCAUUCGAGGAGAGAGAACUUCUUUUUUUUUUUCUUCUUUUUUUUUUAAUGUGGAGAUAAAUUGGUUGCUAUAUUUACAGAAUCACUGAAACAAGAUAUGGAAAAAAUACUCUGGCAUAAGUAGGAAAAGAAUUGUAUCAUGGAAAAAAUAUUAACUUUAAAAAGGGACUAGUGGUUGUAAAUCUGAAAUAUUUGAUUAAACAUUAUUUUGAGUACACUUUACAAUAUCUAAUUUUUUUUCCCCACCUCUUUCCUUUCUUUCAGGGUCCUAUUUUAAUGGAACUUCAGACUUACCGAUAUCAUGGGCACAGUAUGAGUGAUCCAGGAGUUAGGUAGUUAUCCGUUUGUAGCUUAUACUUUCACCAUGAAAAAGAUACUUGAAUAUCUAAAUAAACAUACAAAGUGGGUACAGAAUCACUAAAUCAUCAGUCUCUGGGUAAACAAAAAAUUGUUAGUGGGGAUGAUGUAGUGCUGUAGUAGACUUAAGUUGAACAUGGUUUAUCGUCCCUUGUUUGUGAUCAUGACAGACUGUCCCGUUUUUGUUUAAUUCCAGCUACCGCACACGAGAAGAGAUUCAGGAAGUAAGAAGUAAAAGUGAUCCAAUCACCCUCCUUAAGGACAGAAUGUUAAAUAACAAUCUAUCUAAUGUGGAAGAAUUAAAGGUAACGCUACCUGUUUAACAAAAGUCUCCAGUCUAUAACAACUGUAAUGCACACUUUUGCUAUCAUGCUCACUGUUUAAUUGUUUUUAUAUCUUAAAUUACACUUGAUAGUUCCAACUCCUUCUUUGUUCCCUGUUUCUAGAAAUUGAAAGUACUUUGCUAUUAGUAGCCUUUACACAUGUGUACCCCAUUCCCUCCAUCCACAAAUACUUCCAAUGUGUUUAUACCAUCUGUGUAUUACCUAGUGCUUCUUGCCUCCGCAUGCUUUUGUUUUUGCCCUCUACAGAAGAUACCGUCACAGUUCUAGUUUACACAUACUACGAGCACCUGGGUUCCCUCCUGUAAAUGUCUAGCUCCCACUGCUUGCCCUGCCUAUAUUAGUAUAAGCAAACUUUUAUAGAUGAAAGUGAUACUUCUUGCUGAAAGAAACUCUGUGGAAAGAGCUAGUUAUGUUUGAAUUGGGUAGACACAGCUUGAUUAAUAACAUUAAAGAACUUGUCACUUUUAGUAACCAGAUGUUUCCCUCCACUAUACUGUCUCAUAGGAGAUUGAUGUUGAAGUACGGAAGGAAAUUGAAGAAGCAGCACAGUUUGCAACCACCGAUCCAGAGCCACCAUUGGAGGAGCUUGGAUACCACAUUUAUAGAAAUGAACCAACCUUUGAUGUUAGAGGAGCGAAUCUUUGGAUCAAAUACAAAUCUGUCAGCUAGAUCUUGUUUCAUAACUCCAAAAGCCUGUUACUUUAGUGCCCUUUUAAUGGAAACUGGUUCAUAUUUUUUUUUUACCCUCCUCAUCAGUGCUGCAGGUCAUAGUCUGUCCUCCAGGUCAUACCUUCUGUUUUAAACCAUUGGGGCAUAUUAUUUGUUAAAGACUAUAUAUAUAUAUUUCAGCCCGUCCAUUGCCUUACAUUGUACUGACGAUGCUUUCGAUAUUCCCAACUUAUUUCUUUCUCUUGAAAUAAGCUAUUUAUAGGAAAAAAAAAUUCAUUUUAAUCCAGAAAGCUAAUCAUGUCAUACCAUGUAUGCAAACUACUUCAUUAAAAUCGGGCAUAAAUUAUUUUCAGGGUUACUUAUUUAUUUUUAACCAUGUUUUUAAUUUAAUUCAAUGCAAUACACCGAUACCAUGUAUACGAUGAACUUGACAAGGGGCAUUUAUCAUUAGCAAGGCAUCCCAACAUCCAUACAAGAGCUGUUUUUCUCCAGGCAACCAGGUACCCAAGAAGGAUUAACACUUGAACUUAAAG